CGAUUCUCACGUGACUUCCGGUUAUCGGAGACAAAAAAUGGGAUAUUCUACAGGUGGAGGCUAAUACCAGAAAUAGAAGAGGAAAUUUGAAAGUCUGAGUGAAGAUUGAGGUUAUCGAAAGGUACUAGAAAAUGGCGACUAUAGAGAAGCUGAUUAAGGCGUUUGAGGCUCUGAGAGCCUACCAGUCUGCAGUAUCAGUUGUGGAAGAAGUUGUUGUUAAGAAGAAAGAACAGCCAGUAACGAAAAAAGAUAAGAUUCAGAACUGCAACCUGAUUUCUGACUGUAUAUGUGCCAGUAAUAUGAGAUCAGUGACUGACUUUCCAAAAUUUCUCGGAAUUGCUAUAGAAACUUUCUUGAACUUAUGUGACGACCCAGAAUCGGACAUACGUAUGGUGGCGGACGAAUGUCUCAACAGAUCUAUUAAGGUAAGAAGCCUACAGAUCAAUUACAAAGAUAUAAAAUCCGUUAGAAAAAAGGAGAUCCCAGAAAACCAAAUGUCGCCUUAG